AGGUUUUUAUUGGUUUAAAUUAUACCACCCGGCUCAAAUAUUGGCUCGUUCUACUGUCAGUUACCAACGUUACCCGCCCUCGAUCGGGUUCUUCCUGCAAGGCAUAACGAAGCGCCAUUUUGAAAACAGAAAAAAACGAAUUUCCCGCCUCACAGACGCUAGUAUCAAGUAUCUUUGCCACGUGUCUGUUGGGCGUCCCCAUGGGGCGUUAGGGUGAGUUUAUGUGGAAAGGGAGGUAGGACGCUCCUGGUUUCCUACAGACUUUUCGGCCCUUCGUAUUUUUCAAGAUGGCGGAGGCUCAGCGAGAGGUAACGGAGGGAAACAGCGAGGCUGAGGCAGUGGAAGUCCCGGCGCGACAUAAAGAGACAAUAAAGAUGGCGGCUCCUCGUGUAACGGGGAAGGGGGAAGGUUUGGUAUCCGCAGCUCACACUGGGCCCUCGCCUACACCUUCCCCACGGCCCAGCCCGGCCCUGACCAGCGGGGUUAACCUGUUCGCCAACGACGGCAGCUUCAUGGAGCUUUUUAAGAAGCAGAUGGAGGCGAAGGCGGGUGAGAGCAGCAGCAGUAAGGCCGGUUCCGCGGGGGAGGAGCAGAAGGAGGCGGAGAAGAGCGCAGAGCCAGACAAGAGGAGGCCUAUUAGCAUUGUAAGGACCCGGGGGAUCAUGAGAACAUCUCUGGAGGGACACAGAGAGGCUGCAAGGGCUCGUAUAACGGUUGCAGUCUUCUGUCCCUUCCACCCCCAGGUGGGCAAGCGUAGAGGAGGGGCAAAGCUGGCCCUGAAGACUGGAAUUGUAACCAAGAAGCCAAAGAAUGAAGAAGACGACGUUGCAUCUAACAAAGGAGGGGCUUGGGCCCAAUACAUGGCGGAAGUGAAAAAGUACAAAGCCCACCAGUGCAGUGAUGACGACAAAACGCGUCCGCUUGUUAAAUAAUAAUUGGGGACAAGACUCGCACAAGCCUUCAGGGAGGCCCAUUUCCCAAACCCUCGCAACUGUCAUUUGUGGGCCCAUGGUUUAAGGGUUUCCGGCAGACCCCAGCACCCCCACUUUAUGCAUUCUGGAUACAGACAGUUUUUCCAAGAGGGAGAAAGGACUUUCCCCAAAUAACCUUGAAGUCACAGUACUUGUGAUUCCCAGGAUAAUCCUACAUCAGCCUUUGCCUUCUUUUAAAGGGGUUGUUCACCUUUGAUCUAACAGUUCGUAUGAUGUAGAGAGGGAGAUUCUGAUAAUUUGCAUUUGGUUUUCAUGUUUUAUUAUUUUUGACUUAUUCAGCUUUUUAUUCAGCAGCUCUCCAGUUUGCAGUUGCAGCAAUCUGGUUGCUAGGGUCCAAAUUACCCUAACAACCAUGCACUGAUUUGACUAAGACACUGGAAUAUGAAUUGGAGAGGCCUAUGAGUAAAAGUAGCAAUAACAAUACAUUUAGAGCCUUACAGAGGAAAGUGUCAGAAGGCAAAUAAUGAACAAAACUAUAAAAAAAAAAAAAAAUGAAGACCAAUUGAAAAGUUGCUUAGAACCAGCCAACUUAAUAAAAGAUAACGUGAAGGUGAACCACCCCUUUAAGAAUCAAUGAAACCCACUGCCCCACUUGUUGCUGCUUAGCCUUGCAGCAUAGAUAUCGUCCGCAUUUUAUUAUUUUUUUUUUAUAUAUUUUCUGUGUGUGAAGGGGGGGUGUAUUUUCCCCUUUAUAUUUUGUAAAAACUGCAGUGUUCAGAUAACUCAACAUGUAGAAUAAUGUGCUAUUAAACCAAUAUAACUUA